AUGGUCUAUAAAGGAUCCGACAGUUUCUCGCAUGUCCCAAGCGAUCCGCUGAGGGCUUACGAGACUUACGGCAGUGAAUCAAGAAGAUCUUCGGCAACUUCCAUCGGCAACUCCUACGGACUUCCCCCUUCGCCUGGAAUGGCAUCCGAAUUGUCCUUUGAUACUCCGACACCAGUUGCCCUAGCUACCAAGAAACGUCGGCUGGAAGAGCCUGGCGCAGACAUCGACGCCGGCGCACAAGACGAAGAGCGGCUACCGUUCAGUGAACCAGACCACAAGACACCGAAGGAUUGGCAGAGCUCAUAUCGUGAGGCCAAGCUAGCCUACCUCAACGCGAAGGAAGCCAAUCUGACACUGAAGGGUUGCCUUAUCGCGAAGGAUACACAGCUAGUCGAGAAGGAUCAAAAGCUUGUGGAUAAGGAUCAGAAGAUCGUCCAGCUUAGGCAAGAUGCGACUCGCGUCAGAAAGAUCACAAACCAACGGGACAAGACUAUCAACGAGCUCGAGCGCGAAAACCAGUACCUGAAGAUCAAGCUCGCACACGAGCAAGCUGUACACACCCAUUUGCACCAGUUCAUCGCCAGCAUGGCCCCAGAGCGCCGCCCUCAUAUACCUUCGCACAUCCCCUCGCUUGAUGCGGCAGUGCGUGACAGCCUUGACUAUCCUCAUCCGGACGCGCCACGCAAGGGUCUCAAGAACUAUCGUCGCUUUCAACCAACUCUUCCAUAUACGGCUGGAAAUGGCAAGGUCGGACCUCAAAAGUACGGCUCCAACGCGUUCUGGGAUCUAGGCUUAUGCCACGAUCACUUUCACACUCCCAAUGUCUGUCAGCAUGGAGUUGCAUGCGAGUAUCGCCACGGUCUUACAUAUGACGAGCGCGCGUACAUUCGCUUCUUGACCAAGGGCGAUGAGUUUCUACGCCGUAGCGACGAGGUCAUCAUGCGUAAGACUGCGGGAGGAGCACCAUAG